AUGGCGGACCUCGCAAAGACUCCCUUUGUCAGGGAGCUUGCUUCAAGCGACAAAAAAAUCCGCGACAAAGCCACCGAUUCCCUUGCCCUCUUCCUCCGCUCAAAAACCGACCUGUCCCUCCUUGAACUCCUCAAACUCUGGAAAGGUCUUUUCUUCUGCUUCUACCACUCCGACCGCCCCCUCACGCAACAAGCCCUCGCGCGCAACCUCUCGUACUCGCUCGUCCCCUCGCUCCCCCGCUCAACAGUCCACCGGUUCCUGCGCGCAUUCUGGAUUACCAUUGGACGCGAGUUCCACUCGAUUGACCGACUCCGUCUGGACAAGUACCUCCUCUUGAUCCGUUCAUACGUCGGCGUUGCGUUCCAGAUUUUCCUCAAGGACAAAUCUCCCCUCACUCAAGCGAACGGGGACGCGAGCACAAAGAAGCGGAAGAGGGAGGAAUCGGCCAAGGAUAAGAAGCGCUCAAAGUCGAAGUCAAAGAACGGCAAAAUGAAUGCACAGGAGGCCGAUGAUGAACAAACACAAACAGACGCGCAAACACAGUCCUCAAGCGACGACAACAGCGACGCCUGGACCGGCCUAAAAACCUACCUCGAUAUCAUAUCGGAAGGCCCCCUCAACCCGCUAAACUUCGACCCCAACCAGCCCGCCCUCGAUGAGAAGAACGGCAUCAUCCCCAUGCCGCACGGCCCCGACGGAUUACGCUACCAUAUCCUAGAUCUCUGGAUCGACGAGUUGGAAAAGGUUCUCGAGUUCGAUGAUGAGGGGAAACCCGUUGGCGAGGUUCCGAUCGAUUUGUUGCUCGCGCCUGUUGAGAGGUUGAAGAAGGAAGGGCUGCAUAAGCCUGUUCGGACUAGGGCUGCGGAGACGCUGGGCGAUGAGAGGUUGGUGAAGUGGGGCCUUAGAGAGGGGGUUCUUGUGGGUAAGGAUAAGGAGGAUGAAGAGAGUAGUGAGGAGGAGUGGGGUGGUUUUGGGGAUGAUUGA